GUGCUGAUGAACUAGGUCUCCAGCUGAUGAACAGAGACACAGAAACGAAAUCGUGCUGAAUGUCUUUGCUGGUCUUCGAAUCUGAUCCAAAGCUCCCGACUUUGAUUCGUUUCAAGUGAAAUCCGAGAUGGGUUUGACUCAAUACUUGAGCUCAAUCGAUUGGGAGCAAGAAGCCUACCCAGAAUACCAAGACUUUAUAUUUCUUCCUUUCUUUAUUUUGUUCUUCCCCACAGUUCGACUUUUUCUUGACAAGUUCGUCCUUGAGAAACUGGGGAGACGGUUAAUAUUUGGAAAGGGGUAUCGGCUGCUGGAUGUUAAAACUGAUGAUCAAAAGAGGAAGAUUCGAAAAUUCAAGGAAUCAGCAUGGAAGUGCAUCUACUUUCUUUCAGCAGAGUGUCUGGCUCUUUCUGCAACUUAUAAUGAGCCUUGGUUUACAAAUACAAAGUACUUUUGGGUAGGGCCAGGAGAUCAGGUUUGGCCUGACCAGAAGACAAAGUUGAAGUUGAAGGGGGUAUAUAUGUAUUGUGCUGGAUUUUACACAUACUCCAUAUUUGCUUUGAUUUUCUGGGAAACAAGGCGUUCCGACUUUGGAGUUUCAAUGGGGCAUCAUGUAGCAACUGUCAUUCUCAUUCUGCUGUCUUACAUUUUCAGGUUUGCCCGUGUAGGUUCAGUUGUUUUAGCUCUUCAUGAUGCCAGUGACGUGUUUCUGGAAGUAGGGAAGAUGUCCAAAUACAGUGGUGCUGAAAGGACUGCUAGCUUUUCAUUUAUUCUUUUUGUAUUGUCUUGGGUCAUACUGCGUCUCAUUUACUAUCCAUUCUGGGUCCUUUGGAGCACAAGCUAUGAAGUUAUCCUGACAUUGGACAAGGAAAAGCACGCUGUAGAUGGACCAAUAUAUUACUAUGUAUUCAAUACUCUUCUGUACUGCUUGCUUGUUCUUCACAUAUUCUGGUGGGUGUUGAUGUACCGGAUGCUUGUUAAACAAAUUCAAGCAAGAGGCCAGCUUAGUGAUGAUGUUCGAUCAGAUUCUGAAGCUGAAGAUGACCACGAAGAUUGAACAGGAAAUAGAAUUAUAGAGCCACAUUAUCACCCUCUCUCCAACAUUGGAGCAUUCAUUGAGUUUCCCCAAGAAAGAAGCCACAAUCUCACACUGCACUUAUUGAACUAUAAUUGCAGCUCACACGUUGUGGUUUCAGCUGGAGUCACGAAGAUCCUACUUUUCUUGUACUAUAAACAUUUGAGGCUGCUGUUUCUAAAUUUAAACAAACAACGCCACCUCAAAUGCUGUUCUUUUCACUAUUUCCCUUUGCUAGUUACACCGAGGAAAAGCUGUUUCAUGAAACAUGAAUCCUGCAGAUGUUCCUUUACACAUUUGAUGUAUUAUUUUGGUAGUGAAAAGAUUUCCAACGGGCUCUUGAUUUGAAAUGGAGCCCUCUUUUGGUCCA